AUGGCUCCCAACGGGCAGCCUGAAGCGCAACCAGAUGCUGGAGCCUCCUCGAGCAAGCCAUGGCAACGUAUCAUGAUGGUCUUUCGACCAAAAAGGUCUACCGAUCAUCGUCAUGCUCAAAAUCAGCAAAGAGAAGCGGCCCCGCCUCCACAUGCCUUGCGCCUGCGCCGUAUAUGGUCGGAGCAAAAUUUAACAGACGGCAUCAGGACCAAUACAGUGGUAAACUUUUCAAUACGACCACAAAUCGAUUGUCAGUUGAUCACCUUCUUGCGCGAGAAACGACUAGAAAGGGACUUUCCAAUCAGGUGGCUCGAUCAUGAUUCCUAUGAAAUAGUGAAAAAUGCGAGCAGGGCCUGCCUGUCCCAUCUCAAAGAAAAUUAUCGGAACGGCGAGCCUCAGAUAUAUCGAACUUCUGCAGAAGCAGAACUCCUUACGUAUUUUGCAAAUGGGGAGUCAAAGGUGGUCGGCCAGGUUCAAACGAAACAUAUUCAUGCGUGGGCAAAGUAUGUUCCCAUCGAAAUCGCAAGAUACGGUGCAAAGAACCCGGGCAGUUUGUUGCAGUUGCGGAUUACAUGGAGAUUUGACUUCUAUGACCUGGGUCCAGCAGCCGGAGGAGGCUCUAGCACCGAAUCACUGGCUAAGAGGUUACGCUGGCAAAUGAAACAGAACUAUGAAACCAAUUACAUCAAAGAGGACUUCCUUUCAAGACCUGCACGUGAGGCCAUCCUCACCCAUGAACACAUUCGCGAAUUGAUCAACAAGGAUAGAAGUCUGCGCGAUAAGUUCGGGCCCAGUGAAGCAUGCCCGGACAGAAUAGCCUUCGUUGAAAGGGUGCUCAACUUUGGUACUCGUUUGCUAGCAAGCUGCAUCUCAGCUGAGGUGCCUCUUUCGCGCCUUCAUGUUCUGGUCUGCAAAGCUAAAUACGAGGAUCGUCAUCUACCUCUGAGGGGGCCGGCUCAGGUACCGCAUGUUGACGGCAGAAACGACUGGCUUGAAAAGGUUUACUUGCGCGAAAUUCAAAAAAGCCAGAAAAUUUUCCAAGUCUACGAUUUUGAUAAGAAUGAGCUGAGGGCGAAAAUGAACAAUGGUUCAUACGAAAUCAUCGAUGAGUUCACUACGAUACCAAUUUUGGGUCCAGGGAAACUAUUGGGGCAAGGCGCCUUUGGUACCGUCCAUGAGGUCAGCAUCCACCAAGAGCAUCACAAUUUUGACAUGGACAUGUUCGCUUUGAAGCAGCUCCACACACCGAGAAUGGGUGUGUCGACAGCAUUCAAGCAGGAACAUGACGUCUUCUCCAAUAUAAUGAAGGUCGAGCAUCCUGCCAUUCUUAUACCUUUGGCCAUGUGGAGGAAGAAACAUUCUACGGGUCCCAGCUCCGAUACAUUUUGCAUGCUGUAUCCAUUAGGCGAAGGGAGUCUGGCCGAGUACUUGAGAGAACAUCGAGAGCGUCCAAAAUUGACCAAAGACUUCGUUCUGCACUUGAUGCGUCAGCUAUUGAAAAUCGCUGAAGGUCUCGAUGCCAUCCAUCGACUCGCGCCGGCAGACCUGUCUCUCGGAGACGUGGGCAGCGCAUCAUUGCGCCCUCCACCUGCAGAGCAUCGACUGAAUCACAGCGUAUGUCAUCGCGAUCUGAAGCCUGGGAACAUUAUCAUCUUCCAUGAUGGGUGGAAGAUAUCGGAUUUUGGUACUUCUCGGAUUUUGCAGAUAGUUUCCGGGAAGAGCUCCAUUGAUAUCCUUGAUAAGGAACUAGGAGAUCCCGAAUAUGGCCCUCCGGAUCCCACCCAAGGUACGCCAAGUGGAAGAAAAUACGACAUCUGGUCACUUGGGUGUAUCUUUCUCGAGAUACUCCUGACGCUGUUCGAAGAAGGUACCGAUGAUCAACUUGAUGGCUUGGGUGGUGAUAAUCCUGAGUUGCAGCCGCGCCACAGACUAGAUGUAUUCGGCGACGAGAGGCUCGAGUACCAGACGGAUGAUAUUGGACAUAUCGCAAGAUACUGGUACAAGGAGAAGAAAAGCGGCAAGUACCUUCUCUCACCUCCCGUCGAGAAGCGACUAGACUUCCUCGGUCGCAGAACCCAGGAGUACGACCAAUUCGACACCCUGGUGGACUUGGUGCGCACAAUGCUCAGCAUCAAACCUGCACAUAGACCGACGGCCGAGUCCGUGCUUGGCACCUUGAAAACCAUCGAUCUUCAGGUGCGUGCCAAUCUGUCAGCCGGGCAUGAAGAUUUCUAUACACGUCCAGGCAGUCAUCGCAUCCCCUUUGCCUCCCAAUCCAACACGGACGCGGGGAGCCAGCGCAACGCAGAUCAAGGCGGUGCAGAUCCCGUUCGUAACCUGCCGACCCGGAACUUGGAUGAGAUAUUGACUGCGCGGACGAGCCCGGACAGGUUGAGUCGAAGAACCCUUUCCGCAAGCAGUGAGCAGGUGCGGCCUGCUGUUUUUGACCACGAGGAUGUGGCAAAUCUGGUGUCGUAUUCUGAACCGCCUGUGGAAGCAGGACCGUCUCGAGAGCGCAUUCUGAUCCACGGGGGCACCAAUGUCAACGAUCCCGACCACACCGAAAUGGCUCGGACGACCCAGGCAGAGUUCUUGUCUCCCCCGGUGAGUCCGGUCAGCCGCCGAAGGUCUUCUUCCGCGAGUGGACACGCGCCGUUGGUCCACAGAGACACGAGCACCUCGGAAGACGACUCUGCGGCAGGCCCCAGCAAUCGCCGCAGACCACGCACACCGUCGAUUUCGUUGACGGACUAUGACGGUGAAGAAGGCUAGAAAAGGAACCACCAGGUGCCUAGUCAUGUUUGCACGGUCUGUCAACAACUCGCAGGUGGGGGGACAAGUCAUGAUCUCUUGUGCCCGGGUUUGGGUGUAUAGCAAUCAAGGGGUCACUGGUUGGGGAAAAAGGGUUCUUGUGCAUGAGUGAGAAGGGAUGUACGGUGAAUACGCGACGAGAUUUGGGC